AUGAAAAUCACUACUGCCGAUGGGCGGAAGACGAGUGAAUCACUUGGUGAUGGGUGCACUGAACCGUGUCGAGAAACGUUCACCGAUGCUAGCACAUGCAAAGAUAGUGCUUGUAAGGAUACUGCGGAUAACAGCGUUUGUGAGAAAUCUUGUGACUAUCUCCAACGCAUCUAUACGGAAAAACCUGGAGCUUGUCCGAAGAUCAAAAAUCAGUCCAAUUAUGUACGCCUUUUGGAAUGCACCGCUCUCUGUCACUUGGAUGGAGAUUGUCCCGAAACUGCCAAGUGCUGUUCAUAUGGGUGCAGUCGGCAAUGUGUUCUGCCAAAAGGACGUGAUCCACGGCUUUUACCUGUUCCUGGCGCGAUUUCUGUCCAAGAGAGGAAGAGGAAACGGUCGAUUAUCAUACGUUGGGUGAUGCAAAAACUCACUCGAGAACAAAACGCAGCCAACUCCAACCUAUAUGUGGUACAAUGGCGUUGGGGUCUACAUCCUGAGGGUGAAACUAUGACCGAAUGGCAAACGGUUACUGUGAGAAACAAACCAUACGCAAUACUAAAGCAUCUGCUUUCACCUGGACGGUAUUAUCAAUUCCGUGUCGGAGCAGUAAGCAUACAUGGAAGCCUUGGAUUUAGCCAACCAUCGCCACCGUUCAAGUUGUCCAAAGAUUUGAUUCCAUGCCAGAACUGGUCUUCGAGAUGGGCUGAAUCUUAG